GAGAGUCGUGUCGUAGUGCAGUGGGCGCAGUGCAUUGACUUCUGUCUGUAAAACACAGUCUGAGGUGAACAUGGACAAAAACCUGCCUGAUGCUUCAGCAACAAACAGAAAACUGGUUGUCCUGGGCCUCGGACUCCUGUGUAUCCUCCAAGCUGCUCUYAACAUUUCCCUGCGUCUUGCUCUUUACAGUUCUGAUGAAAAAGAAGGGGACCAGCUGAAGAGGAASACAUUUGAUCAUUACACCCAAGAAGGAUGGGUCUACUUUCGCUCUAGUUUCUACUUUAUGUCCUCUGAGAAGAAAUCCUGGCCAGCAAGUAGAGGUGACUGUCUGCAGAAAGGAGCGGACCUGGUGAUCAUCAACAGCAAAGAGGAAAAUGAAUUCACAAGACAGUUCAGACAGCUCUUAUGGAUCGGACUGARUGACAAUGAGACAGAAGGGACUUGGAAAUGGGUGGAUGGGACUUUGCUGAACACAAGCUACUGGCACCCUGGGGAACCAAACUCUAUUAACAGUGAUGAAGACUGUGGAAUGACAAAGUUCAAUGAAGACAAAUACAACUGGAAUGAUGAACAAUGUAACACGCUGCACUUCUGGAUCUGUGAAAAGAUGUUGGCUUAAUAAUGCUGCACCCAAACACACCACACUGGUAACGGGUGAGCUGCAGGGAAAGUGGCUCAUUAAAAUGCAAGGACAUAAACAGCCAAGAUACGUUUUGACAUGUCACCGUAGUAAGAGAACUUAAUAACAAAUAUAAUGAUAGUUAGUCUGAUUCAAUCCGGGGUCCUGGUAUUGUACAUGCUGCCUGUGUCAUUUGUUUUCAUACUGUAGCUUCUGUAAACGUGCUUGCUGUUCUGACUAUUUGUUACCAGAAUCACACUUUGUCUUGUGAAUAAAUGUUUUGUAUCCACUUUGUUAAAA